CUGGGUUCUGCCAUUCAUGUCAUUUCAGAGGAAGAAAGUUUACGUGCAAUCGAAGUGGCUAGAGCCGAAUGUCUAAGAAAUCGAUCACUUGAUGAGCAAGCAAUGAGGGGAAAUCAAGAUUUCUGUCUUGCCGAAUUCGCUUCAGCAGUCUGCUGGCCAAGCACACCUGGCAAUCACACUGUGACAAUGCCUUGCCCGCAUUAUGUGCCAGGCGUUCGCAAACACGGGCAAGUUUCGCGACGUUGCUUUUGGAGCUCCAGUGUUGAUGAUGCGACUAACGGUAGUGUCGGUCAUUGGCGAUUUAGUGAUGUUGAGUUUCGGGAUUGUUUGGCGGUGGUUGAAUCAAGCUCAGUCUAUCGCGGACCGGCACAUCGCAUUGUCAACGUCCGCAAACCAAACAACGGCGAGCGGAAUGAUGGCUCAGCAGCGUGGGUUGCGGUCGUUCCUUCCGACGACGGUCUCGUGAUUCUCAUUGGACUUGCAAUCACACGGAACUCAUGGGAAAACAAGUCGAGGCAAGUUCACCAAGCAGGGCAUGAACGCGCAUGA